GGUGGAGUUUCCCCUCUCUCCUGUCCCCAGACCUGAGUUUGGGUCACAGUGGUUGGGUGUUGGCUCUCUGGUCUCCCUGCUGGUAACUCUCCUGGUUCCCUUCCCCAAACUGAACCACACAUCUCAAAGUGAGAUCAUCAUCGAAAACCCUGCGAUGGAUCAGCACAAGUAUCGCACGGCAGGCGUCCAGGAGAAGCUGGAGAUCGUCGGGGUGGAGGACCAGGCCGGGAACCCCAUCAGCGCCCUGACCAUCCUGUCUCUGCUUGAGCGCGUGGCCGGCAUCAUCGACAACGUGCAGUCCUGCCAGCAGCGCAUGGAAGAGCGCCAGCUGGACCUGGAGAGCAACAUCAAGGCGGUCCAGGGCGACGUCCUGAAGCUGGCCAAGGACCACACCGACACCAGCGGCACGGUGGAGAAGCUCCUGCAGAAGACCCGCAAGGUCAGCGCCAACGUCAAGGAGGUCCGGGCGCGCGUCGAGAAGCAAAAUGUUCGCGUCAAGAAGGUGGAAUCCACGCAGGAUGAGCUGCUCACUCGCAACAAGUUCCGCGUGGUCAUCUAUCAGGGUGAGACCGAGGUCCCGUCAGUCGCCGUCACUAAGUCUCCCAAAGGAUCCAGCCUGGACGGACUGGAGAUCGAGCCCGACUCCUACGACGUCCCCGUCGACCUCUCCUCCGAUGAGGAGUACCUGAGCGUGGAGGAGGCCGACCCCUCGCGAGCCGCCCGCAUCAAGAAAUCGGUCGCGAAGAGCACAGAGACCCUGAAGGCCGCCUUCUCCAAGGAGAACAUGAGCAAAACCAAAGACAACCUGGGCACCAAGUUCCACAACCUGGGCGAGAAGGUCAUGCCGCCCGAGCGGAGGGACAAGAUGCACCAAGCCGGCGAGCGGCUGAAGCAGUCCGGCGAGCGGCUGAAGGAGAACAUCGCAAAGAAGGCUCCGAACAAAGAGACCUUCCGCAUCAAGCUGAAGAAGGAGAGAGCCGUCGCCGAGGGCCAGGAGGGCGCCGAGGCUGAGGCCGAGGCCGAGACCGAGGCCGGCGCAGAGCUCCAGGCCCCGGUCGCAGACAAACCGGUCACCUACACCGAGGUCGCCAUGGAAACCAAGAGGGAGGGGCCCGUGGAGGAGGCCGGCGCCACCCGGAUAGGAGAAGAGGAUUACAGGAAGUAGAUCAGACGUCGGAUCAGACAGGAAAGAGGAGGCGGGACGCUGGAGAAAAGCUUGUGAUGCUGAGGAUUUAGAGAGAAGGUCUGCGAUUGGUCGACAUCGAUGAUGGACAUUUUUAUUUGUUAGAAGAUCUAUCGGUAGAGACACCAAAAACUCAUCCGAAUACGAACUGGUUAUUUAUUAAAUCUAGUUCAGGGAGUUGAUUCAAGUCAAGUUACUGUCAGAUGUCAUUUUUCAACAAUUAUAUGAUUCAAACAACUAAACGUGAACGUGAGGAUCUUUAUUUCACUGUGAAUGAAAAAAAUCAGGCUUAAAAAUUUUGCGAGUCCAAAUUUCCCGAGAUGUGAGAUUGUCACCAGGUUUGUGCUGCGAUUGGUAACCAGCGCCCCAGUGUGCAAAGGUUUGCAAUCAGAUGGCUGGAAGGAAAAAAAGAAACGGUUGAUAAAGGAUGACGAAUGUU